UGCCUCAGCAAGGAUGUCUAAAGACAUAGCGGAGCGCUGCGAAGAUGCCAUUUCAUCUCUGAUGCAGGAGAUUGCGACACUUAAAGGAGAAUACAAGGAAAACCAGAGAGAAAUUGCCUUGUUGUCCGAAACGAGCAUAAAGAACUCCCUAGGGCCAUUCCAGAAAGACAACGGAGAAGGUAUUACAACCAUUACAAAGAAUGUAAAUACACAACUUGCCCAUGGGGAAAAGGAAAUGAAGUUCUUUAUAGAAGUCUCCGGGAUUGAGAUUUUACAACACUUUAAGAAAACAGAGCAGAAAAAUGAAAAAGUUGUUCAUUCUCAUAAAUUAAUGGGCCGGUGCCAUUUUCUACCCUUUGAGUUGACCUUUGUGACAACGGAAAUUCAGAGUGAGGCCUGCUGGAUGUGUGAUGUCACUCAAGUCAACGUCCACAUGGAUUGUAAGGGCAAACCAGACUUGACCAAGCUGGUAGAGAGAACAGAGGCCACUAUGAGUCUACAGGGCUUCUUUAGGACGCUCUCAAAGUAUGCGGAAUGGUGUGAAUUCCGCAUGAAGACUUUUGCUCAUUUUGAGGAACACUACUCGGCUGCUGUUACACUUCCACAUGGGUCCUCUGGAAAUUAUAUGGUACUGGCGAACCCAGAAGUUCCUCAGUGUGAGAUGAUUCUUGUGUGGGAAAUCACCAUAAAUGAAAGAGGAGCAGUGAUACCAAUACUGGACUUACUGCCAAAGUUGCCAGAAGAAGCAAUUGCUCUUGAUAAAAGUGGAGUCCUGGAAGAUACUGCACCGGCCUUCAAGAAUCUCCUUCAGGUAUUCGGAAUACAAAGUUCCAUAGAGAAAAUCAUACAUUCCUUCUGCUUGGAGAAAGCCACUAGAAGUCCAUAG